AUGGAUGGAUCGAAUAAAAGACCUAGAACAACAAUAUCUGCAAAAUCUUUAGAGACAUUAAAACAAGCCUAUCAGACAAGUAGUAAACCAGCAAGACAUGUUCGAGAACAAUUAGCAGCAGAUACAGGACUUGAUAUGAGAGUCGUCCAAGUAUGGUUUCAAAAUAGAAGAGCAAAAGAAAAAAGAUUGAAAAAGGAUGUGGGAAGGAGAUGGAUGAAUAAUAAUAAAAAUAAUAAUUCUUCUCGUGCUAAUAGUUAUACAAGUGGUAAAACAAUUGACAGUGAUAGUGGUAGUCCUUCAGGAAGUAUAUUAUCAGAAAGUCCUAUGUUUACAUCAAAUUUUCAUGACAAUACUUCAAAUCAUGAUUCAAAUGUAAGUGGUAAUGAACAUGAAAUAAGUUUAAAUUACAAUAAUGGAAAUAAUAUUUUUAUAAAUCGGGAAAAUAUAUUAUUAAAUCAUGGUAAUCAACAGGUGAAUCAAAACACCAUUAUUAGUAUAAAUAAUGAUAUGAAAAAUAAUUAUUCUGAUGUACACAGUGAAAAUCAUGUUGUUGAAAUUCUUAAUUCAAUGCCAUCAUAUAAUGAUCAAUUAGAAUGUAGUGAAUUAGGAAUUGCUAAUGGUAUUCUUGGCUUUAGUACACAAGAUUUGAUAUGA